UUAUCGUUGGCCUUCAGAUCUUAAACGCUCCGUUUCCGUUAGGCGGGAGAUUUGCUGCUCCUCUCGCUCUCUUCUUCCCUCUCGCUCUCUUCUCUGCAAUUUAGGGCAAAUCUAGUCACUCAUAAUCAGAAGGCCAUGGAGGAACCAGCCACCGGCGGCCGCCCGAAGAGGACUAGGGCUCAGACUCGAACCACCACUGAGAACAACGCUAGCGAUGCGAGUGAACACGUGGACCGCGAGAGCUCGCCGGACGAUUUCGAAGCGCCUCGUCCUAAAGCUAAACGAGGUCGCCCUCCCAGUGGCUCCACCGCGGCGCCGCCCAAAGCCUCCGCUCUCACUCUGAUUGAGGUCGUCAAGGGCAACGGGAAACUUAUUCCUCAGGCGGUCAAGCUCUGGGUUGAGCGGUACGAAAAGGAUGCUAAACCUGCUACUGUUGAGCUAUUGACAAUGCUGUUUGAGGCAUGUGGAGCUAAGUAUCAUAUUAAAGAAGAGUUGCUGGAUGAGACUAAUGUUGACGAUGUCGUGGUUGCUCUUGUCGAGCUUGCUAGAAGUGGUAACGUGGAUGAUUACCAAAGUUCAAAAAAGGAGUUUAAAAACAUGAAGGACAAUCUCCAAUCAUUCUGGGAUAAGUUGGUCUGCGAAUGUCAACACGGGCCAUUAUUUGAUCAGAUUUUGUUCGAGAAGUGCAUGGGCUAUAUAAUUGCUUUGUCAUGCACUCCUCCAAGAGUUUAUCGCCAAACUGCUACUUUGAUGGGUCUCCAACUUGUCACUUCAUUCAUAACUGUUGCUAAAACACUUGGUGUUCAGCGUGAAACUACUCGAAGACAAUUAGAGGCUGAAAAAAAGAAACAAUCUGAAGGACCUCGUGUGGAGUCACUGAACAAGAGGUUCUCGAUGACUCAUGAAAACAUAACUAUAUUAGAGCAGAUGAUGCGCAAUAUAUUUCAAGGGUUAUUUGUGCAUCGCUACCGAGACAUUGAACCAAAUAUUCGGACGUCGUGUAUAGAGGCACUCGGCGUGUGGAUUUUGUCAUAUCCAUCAAUGUUCUUGCAGGAUUUAUACUUGAAGUAUCUUGGAUGGACAUUGAAUGACAAAAAUGCUGGUGUAAGAAAAGCAUCUGUGCUUGCAUUACAAAAUCUUUAUGAGGUUGAUGAUAAUGUGCCGACUCUGGGCCUAUUCACUGAAAGAUUUUCUACUCGGAUGAUUGAGCUUGCUGAUGACAUUGAUAUUUCUGUGGCUGUAUCUGCCAUUGGCCUUGUUAAACAGCUUUUAAGACAUCAGCUUCUACCAGAUGAUGACUUAGGUCCUCUAUAUGAUUUGCUUAUUGAUGAUCCAGCAGAGAUCAGGCAUGCUAUAGGGGCAUUAGUGUAUGAACACUUGAUUUCUCAGAAGUUCAUUAGUUCCCAGUCUGGUGCAAAAGGUGUUGAGAACAAUUCUUCUGAGGUCCAGCUUGGCAGAAUGUUGCAAAUUCUAAGAGAGUUCUCUGCAGAUCCAAUUCUUAGCGUUUAUGUAAUUGAUGAUGUUUGGGAGUACAUGAAUGCCAUGAAGGAUUGGAAGUGUAUUAUCUCCAUGCUCUUGGAUGAGAAUCCACUGAUUGAGCUUACUGAUGAGGAUGCAACAAACUUGGUACGGCUUCUUUCUGCAUCUGUCAAAAAGGCUGUAGGAGAGAGGAUAGUUCCUGCUACUGAUAAUCGAAAGCCAUACUACACUAAAGCUCAAAAAGAUGUAUUUGAGCACAACAAACAGGAUAUAACUCUUGCCAUGAUGAAGAACUAUCCACUACUUCUCCGUAAGUUCAUGGCAGACAAAGCAAAAAUACCAUCACUGGUUGACAUUAUUCUACACAUGAAUCUUGGGCUAUAUUCCAAGAGGAGGCAGGAGCAGAAUUUCGAAACCGUCCUUCAACUGAUCAAAGAGGCAUUUUUCAAACAUGGUGAGAAGGAGGCGCUGAGAUCUUGCGCAAAUGCUAUCAUGCUUUGUUCAACAGACAGUCAAGGGGAGCUAAAAGAUACGGCCCGUAAUUUAGUAAAGGAACUUCAUGAUGAGCUUAUAAAUAAUAAGCUUAAACCUGCGAUGAAAGAAGUGGCGGAUGGUGGUGAUGAAUAUCCUCUUCUUGUAAAUUUGAAGAGAAUGUAUGAGCUUCUAUUGUCAGGAAAUGUGCCUAUCGAGAGUUUGUAUGAAGAUAUGGUCUCAACUCUUCAGAGCUAUACAAACAAGGAUGAUCAGGUUGUCACUUUUCUGCUUCUCAACAUGUAUAUGCAUGUGCAAUGGUCUCUGCAUGCCAUCAUACAUAGUCCUACUAUCUCAGAGGCAUCUUUAUCUUCUAUAUUAGCGAAACGUGAUUCUUUGUUAGAGCGACUAGAGUACAUCCUUAACAGCUGUCUUGAAAUGGAGGGUAAUCGCUGCAAUCAGCUAGCUCGCUGGGUUUGUGUUAUACUCACUGAUUUGUCUCGACUGUUCAAAAAGACAAACUUUGCUUCGUCGAAGCUGGAAAAAUUAGGGUAUUCUCCAGAUGCAUCGGUUCUUCAGAAGUUUUGGAAACUUUGUGUGCAACAGCUCAGUAUUUCAGAUGAGACGGAAGAUGACGAUGGGAACAAAGAGUAUAUUGAGGAGACAAAUAGAGAUACUGUCAUGAUGGCUGCUGUACGGUUAGCUGUUACUGAUAAAGUUUAUAAGGAGUACCUGGGUCCAGAGAUUAUUUCUAGAUUUGUGAUGCAUGGUACAAGUGUAGCGGAGAUAGUUAAGCAUCUGAUAACUUUUCUGAAGAAGAAUGAUGAUGAUCUUCCGAAAACUUUCUUGGAAGCACUGAAAAUGGCCUACCAUCGGUAUAUGGUUGAACUAUCUAGAAGUGAUGAUGAAUCUUUAGCAAGCAAGCAUUUUCUAGAGUUUCAAGAACUAGCUGCUCAGCUUUCUGGGACAUUUAUAGGUGCUUCCAAGAACAGGCACAAAUCAGACAUUUUAAAAAUUGUUAACGAGGGAAUUGAAUAUGCUUUUAUAGAAGCUCCAAAGCAGUUGUCCUUUCUGGAAGGUGCUGUGCUCCAUUUUGUGUCCAAAUUGCCUACACCUGAUAUUCUGGAGAUAAGUAACGUCAAUAUUCAAAAUCGAACGGAGAAUGUAAAUAUGGAUGAAGAUCCCAGUGGCUGGCGUCCUUAUCACACAUUCGUUCAGACUUUGCGGGAAAAAUUUGCAAAGAUUGAAGGUAUCCAAGAAGAAAAGGACGGGACCUCUGUAAGGCGCAGGGGUCGUCCACGGAAAAGGCGUAAUAUACAGGGAAAGAGGCUGUUUGAUGAUCAUGGUUCAAGUGAAGAAGAGGAUUCAAUUAGUGGAUCUGACCAUGAAAAUGCUCAAGAUGAAGAAGAACAACAAGAUGAGGAUGAUGAUGAUGAUGAUGAUGAAGAUGUUCCUUUGAUAAAUCAAAUUAGGUCAUCAUCCAAGUUGAGAUCGCUGAAAGUUUCACGAGAGGGAAACAAAGGCCAGACGUAGGCGGGAUACUUUUUAGAAGAUCUAAGAUAAAUUAGCAGCUUCUAGGAUGUCAGGGUCCUGAAACUAGAAGUGCUACUUGCAUAUUGUAUAUUUCAAGGUACAUAGCUUCCUAGCAACAUAUUUUUUAGUCUACGAUAGAAUCAUGUAAUUCCGCUUGAAGUUAGUAUAGGAAAAAAAAAAAAAAACACUUGUGCUUUAUGAAUCCAGGUUCUGGGUGAAGGAUAAGGAUAUUGCAAUUUCACUUUA